AGAACCGCAUUUGCUUGAAUGAAGGACCGGCGGAGACGCGUCAGGAUUUCUCAGCGUACGAGUCUGGAGGACCGCUGCAACCGUAUCUUGAGGAACAUGGAGGCCUCCCUCACAGCCCGGGACCGGGUGGGGAUCCAGGAUUUCGUUCUGUUGGACCCCUACACCAGCGAGACCGCCUUCCUGGACAACCUGCGAAAGCGCUUCCACGAGAAUCUCAUUUACACCUACGUCGGCACCCUGCUGGUGUCGGUCAACCCGUACAAAGAGUUGGACGUCUACGGCAAGAAGCAAAUGGACACCUACAUGGGCGUCAACUUCUUUGAGCUUCCACCUCACAUCUACGCGCUGGCCGACAACGUGUUCCGCGCCAUGAUGUCGGAGUUCAACGACCACUUCGUCCUGAUCUCGGGCGAGAGCGGCGCCGGGAAAACCGAGGCGUCCAAGAAGAUCCUGCACUUCUACGCCGUCAGCUGCCCGACCACCAAAAUCCUGAAUCACGUCAGAGACAGGCUGCUGGUGUCCAACCCGGUUCUGGAGGCCUUCGGAAAUGCCAAAACGCUGAAGAACGACAACUCCAGUCGCUUUGGGAAGUACAUGGACAUCCAGUUUGAUCACCAGGGCGGGGCGGUCGGCGGCCACAUCCUCAGUUACCUGCUGGAGAAGUCCCGCGUGGUCCAUCAGAACCACGGCGAGCGCAACUUCCACAUCUUCUACCAGCUGGUGGAGGGCGGCGAGGAGGAUCUGCUCCGCUGGCUGGGCCUGGAGAGGAACUGCCAGCAUUACAACUACCUGGUUCAGGGCAAUUGUGCCAAAGUCGGUUCCAUCAACGACAAACGCGACUGGAAGACGGUGCGCCAAGCUCUCUCGGUCGUUGACUUCGGCGAGAGCGACACUGAGGACCUUUUUAGCGUCAUCGCCAGCGUGCUCCACUUGGGCAACAUCGAGUUUGAAGCGGACUCUGAGGGCUACGCCGCCCUCGGCGACCGCCGGGAGAUCCACUGGCUGUCCAAGUUACUUGGGAUUCCCGCUCAGGUGCUCCAACGGGGCUUGACCCACCGCAAGAUCGAAGCCAAAACUGAAGAGGUGCUGAGUCCCUUCUCGGUGGACCACGCCGUCUUCGCCAGGGACGCCCUCGCCAAAGCCGUCUACGGACGCGCCUUCGACUGGUUGGUCGACAGGAUCAACGGCUCGCUGGCGAACACGGAUUCCUCCAGGAAGAAUGUCAUCGGGCUUUUGGACAUUUAUGGAUUUGAGGUCUUCAACGUCAACAGCUUGGAGCAGUUUUGCAUCAACUACUGCAACGAGAAGCUGCAGCAACUUUUCAUCCAGCUCACCGUCAAGUCCGAGCAGGAGGAGUACGAGGUGGAAGGCAUCGAGUGGGAGCCGGUGCCGUAUUUCAACAACAAAAUCAUCUGCGACCUGGUGGAGGAGAAACACCGAGGAAUCAUCGCUUUAUUGGAUGAGGAACGUUUACGUCCCGGGAAGGCCACGGACGUCACCCUUCUGGAAAAAAUGGAGGAGACCGUCGGGGGCCACCCCCACUUCGUCACGCACAAACUCGCCGACCAGAAGACGAGGAGGACGCUGCGGAGGGGAGAAUUUCGCCUGCUGCACUACGCCGGGGAAGUCACGUACCGCGUUGAGGGAUUCCUGGACAAAAACAACGAUCUUCUGUACAGAAACGGAAAAGAGGUGAUGCAACAAUCCAAAAACGCCAUCAUCAAAAGUUGCUUCCCUCCCAGCGAGCCCGACCGAAACAAGAGACCUGAAACUGUGGCGACUCAGUUCAAGAGCAGCCUGGCGGGCCUGACCGACAUCCUCGGGACCAAAGAGCCGUGGUACGUCCGAUGCGUCAAACCCAAUGAAGCCAAACAGCCAGGACGCUUCGACGACGUCCUGGUGAGGCAUCAAGUGAAGUACUUGGGCCUGAUGGAGCACCUGCGGGUGCGACGCGUGGGCUUCGCCUACCGCAGGAAAUACGACAUCUUCCUCCAGAGGUACAAAGCUCUUUGUCCGGACACGUGGCCCAACUGGAAAGGCUCGGCGGCCGAAGGCGUUCGGAUCCUCGUCCGGCACCUGGGAUACAAAACCGACGAGUACAAGAUGGGCCGGACCAAGAUCUUCAUCCGACACCCGAGAACUUUGUUUGCCACGGAAGACGCCUUCCAAGUCUGCAAACAUAAGCUCGCAACAAGGCUUCAGGCCAAGUACAAAGGCUACAGAGUGAAAGGCGACUACCAGAAACAGAAAGAAGCCGCCACCAAGAUCGAGAACUGCUGGAGAGGCCUGAAGGCCCGAAAGGAGCGACGGCAGAGGGAAUGGGCCGUCGCGAUCAUCAAGAGGUUCAUUAAAGGCUUCAUGACCCGAAACAAGCCGACGGGCGCGGACAACAGGGAGUACUUGGCGUACGUGAGGCAGAACUACCUGACCCGGCUGAAGGAGAACCUCCCGAAAACCAUUCUGCACGCGGACUCGUGGCUCCGCCCCCCGCCCGUCAUGGAGGAGGCGUCGCUGCUCCUGCGGCAACUUUUCCUUCGUGACUUGUCGCGAAAAUACGUGCGAGGGAUCACCGAGGAGAGGAAGGCGCAACUUGUUUUAAAAGCGCGGACCAGUUUCUUGUUCAAAGGCAGGAAGACGAGCUACCCGGCGAGCGUCGGCUCGCCCUUCGUGGGCAGCCGCGUAGCCCUCCAAGACAUGAACGCCAAAAUCUUGCAGCUGAUUCAGCGCCAGAACGUCACGUACACCGUGCCGGUGCUGAAGUACGACCGCAACGGCUUCCGUCCUCGACCCCGGCAGCUGGUCUUCACCCGAGAAGCCGCCUACCUGGCGGACGGGGCCAGGAUCAAGCAGACCGUCCGUUACGACGCCCUGAAAGGCGUUUCCGUGAGCGACCUGAGCGACAACUUCCUGGUUCUGCACGUGAAAUGCGACGACGUCAAGCAGAAGGGCGAUCUCGUGCUGCAGUGCGACUUCCUGUUCGAGGCCCUGACCAAGCUGAGCGCCAUCGUCGACAAGGACGACUUGAUCCGGGUGGUCCGGGGCAGUGUGCGAUUCGACAUCCAGCCCGGCAGGGAAGGUUUCGUGGACUUCAGGAGCGGUCCCAAGGCGCUGGUGUACCGGGCCAAAAACGGACAUUUGACGGUGGAAUCCGCGAGCGGCGAAAACAUCUGAUCUGGGACGACGUCGCCCCCUGUCUGCAAACUUUAGCAACAGCCACCCGUCCACUCCAAAAGCUCAAGUGGACGUUUUGCGACUUUGUGAUGUCAUUCGACCGCUACGAUAAUGCCAAUACUGUAUUUUCAUCACAGAACUCGAGUAUACAAACAUGCAGAUUUACCAUACUUAUCAUGAAAAAAAAAAGUACUUUGAAAAAUCUACAUCGCGUAGUUGUGAGAAAUUAUUGUGACAAUGUUUCGAAGGUAGAGGAGUUUCUUUGCAAUAGUGGAAGUUGUAGCACUGCCCCCCAGCGGAGGUUUGUGGGAGCUACAAGUACCCGCUAGACUGGCCCUCAUUUCCAGACGUUUGCCAAGUACCAGAUGGUGUGUUUUGUGAUUUUUGAGAAGCAGGAAAACCCGAAGAGGGGAAAAAAAAGUAGAAUACCCCCCAAAAACUGGAGGAAAAAUUGUUUUUUUUUUGUGAGUAGAUACAUAAACAAAAAGUUUUUGGCCAGUGGCGGUGCUAGCUUGAAUGUGCGAGCCCCCUUCGUAAUGCCCCCCCGCCCCUCAGUGCCUCGUCUUCCUGCUUGCAUGAAUAUUUGAUAACAAAAAGAAGUUGAAUACAACUGAACUUCAUUAAACAAUCCAUAUUUCCCUCCUUUUUCCUCAUUAUUUAAAAAAUGUCGACACAGCGUGUUAGCGCUCGUCAAAAUGAGUCACCAAAGGUGAACCUUUCAAAUGUCCAUUAAAAAAGGCAAAUGAUUUUGAUCCUUAUCGCGCCGGCUAACAAAGAUGGGCAAUAAAAAGCGCCAGCGGUGUCAAAGGUCGCUGUUUUUUUUUUUUUGCGGCAGUAAAAGAUGCGAGCGGCGACUUCCCGGUACGAGGACGAGGGCCAAAGUCCUCGGCCAUCCCGCAGCAUCGCACUCGAAACCCGCAGAUUUGAAUGCGAUCGCGUUGUGCAUUUUCCGCCGGAGAUGGGAAGACGCGCGGCAGCCGUCGUCGUCGUCCUUCUUUUCCUUUCGUCCGUCGCCGGGACGCUCGGCGAGUCGUGCGAGGGCAAAUGCGGGCAAUCGCUGGGCGGCUGCUCGUGCCAGGCGACGUGCGGCCCCCUGGGGGGCUGCUGCCCGGACUACAAGCAAUUCUGCGUCGAGUUCCGCCCGCAGUCGGGAUCCAUCUUGGG